GGGGCCACAUGAAGAUCCCAGCUCCUGCCAACAUGUGGAACAUCGUGCUGGUCUUGCCCUCACUGGUGGCUGUCCUCCAGACCACCACUGCCCAAAAGAAUGGCAUCGACAUCUACAGCCUCAACGUGGACUCCAAAAUUUCGUCCCGCUUCGCUCACACGGUCAUCACCAGCCGGGUGGUCAACAAGGCCGAUGCGGCGCAGGAAGCCACCUUCCAGAUGGAGCUACCCAAGAAAGCCUUCAUCACCAACUUCUCCAUGAUCAUCGAUGGUGUAACCUACCCAGGAAAUAUCAAAGACAAGGCCGCAGCCCAGGAGCAGUACAGGGCGGCUGUGGGCCGUGGAGAGAGCGCUGGCCUCGUCAAGACCACUGGGAGAAAGACAGAGCAGUUCGAGGUGUCAGUCAGCGUGGCCCCUGCUGCCAAGGUCACCUUCGAACUGGUGUACGAGGAGUUGCUCAAGAGGCAUCUGGGGGUGUACGAGCUGCUGCUGAAAGUGCGGCCCCAGCAACUGGUCAAGCACCUGCAGAUGGAUAUUCACAUCUUCGAGCCUCAGGGUAUCAGCUUCCUGGAGACAGAGAGUACCUUCAUGACCAAGGAGCUAGAAGACGCCCUCACCACCUCACAGAACAAGACCAAGGCUCACAUUCAGUUCAAGCCAACACUCGCCCAGCAGCAAAAGUCUCCGGAUAAGCAGGAAACACUCCUGGAUGGCAACUUCAUUGUCCGCUAUGAUGUGAACAGAUCCCGCUCCGUGGGCUCCAUCCAGAUCGAGAAUGGCUACUUCGUGCACUACUUUGCCCCUGAGGACCUGCCCAUCAUGCCCAAAAAUGUGAUCUUUGUCAUUGACAAGAGCAGCUCCAUGUUUGGCAGGAAAAUCCAGCAGACCCGAGAAGCCUUGAUCAAGAUCUUGAAGGACCUUAGCCCCAAAGAUCAGUUCAACAUCAUUGUCUUCAGUGGAGAAGCAUCCCAGUGGAAGCCAUCACUGGUGCGGGCCUCAGCCGAGAACGUAAAGAAGGCUACCGACUAUGCUAGCAGAAUCCAGGCCAGGGGAGGGACCAACAUCAAUGACGCAAUGCUGAUGGCUGUGAAACUGCUGGACAGAAGCAACCGGGCUGAGCUGCUGCCCGAGGGGAGCGUCUCCCUCAUCAUCUUGCUCACAGACGGCGACCCCACUGUAGGGGAGACCAACCCCAAAAUCAUCCAGAAGAAUGUGCAGAAAGCCAUCAACAGCCAGUAUAGCCUCUUCUGCCUGGGCUUUGGUUUCGACGUCAGCUACUCCUUCCUGGAAAAGCUGGCAAUGGACAAUGGUGGCCUGGCCCGGCGCAUCUAUGAGGACUCAGACUCCGCGCUGCAGCUCCAGGACUUUUACCAGGAGGUGGCCAACCCACUGCUGUCAACUGUAGCCUUCGAGUACCCCAGCAACGCCGUGGAGGCUGUCACGCAGGACAACUUUCGCCUCCUCUUCAAGGGCUCAGAGAUAGUGGUGGCUGGGAAGAUCAGGGAUGAGGGCCCCGACGUGCUCUCGGCCAAAGUCAGAGGACAGACACAUAUGCAAAAUAUCACCUUCCAAGGGGAAGCUAAUGUGGCCCAGCAAGAGGAGGAGUUCCGGAGCCCCAAGUACAUCUUCCACAACUUCAUGGAGAGACUCUGGGCAUACCUGACCAUACAGCAGCAGCUGGAACAACGUGUUUCAGCAUCAGAUGCCGAAAUAAAGACCCUUGAGGCCAAAGCUCUGAAUUUGUCGCUCAAGUACAACUUUGUCACUCCUCUCACAUCGAUGGUAGUCACCAAACCUGAAGGCCAGGAACAGUCGCAAAUUGCUGAGAAGCCAGUUGCUGAGAAGCCUGUGGAAUACGAUGGUGGACUUCAGCUUGCCUACAUGGGAAGUGGCCCUCUUGCCCAAAUCCGUGACGUAGGAGCCCGACUGACCUGGUUACAAGGAGGCAGCCAUGCAGAUCCUUUAUCGACCCUGAGAAGAGGAUUCCAUAGACAAGGAGCUUUCGACCCGCCGAGUUUUAAAGUAAGCAUAGCUGAUACCCACAGGAUGGUUGGACAGCCUGGGCCUCCUAUGCACUCCUUUCUUGCUGGUUCUCCUUAUUCCGACCUGCAGACUGACGUACGGCUAUUGUCGCAUGUCACCUCGGCUCCCAGUCAACCCGUGCUGAACGGACCCACCAUACAGGACCAAGUCACGGGUCCCCCACAGGCUAUUCCUAUCAUCCUGCCGUUCCCGGGACUCAACUCGGACCCUCUCUGUGUGGACCUCCCGGACUUGCAGGGGCCCAUGAACCUGUUCUCAGACCCUUCCCAAGGGACUGAGGUGACCGGCCAGUAUGAGACAGAGAAGGACGGAUUUGCCUGGAUUGAGGUGACCUUCAAGGAUCCCCAGCUGCAGGUUCAUGCAACCCCAGAACGAGUAGUGGUGACUCGGAACCAGAAAAACUCUGAAUACAAGUGGAAGGAGACACUAUUCUCGGUGCUGCCUGGCCUGAAGAUGACCAUGGACAACAAGGGGCUUCUGCUGUUCACUGGACAAAACAAAGUGACCAUUGGCCUGCUGUCUGGGGACGGCCCUGGAAAGGGACUCCUGCUCCUUUUGCGUGAUACGCACCACUUCUCCAGCCACGUCAACGGAACCCUCGGUCAGUUUUACCAGGACUUGGGCUGGGAGUCACCAGUGACGGCGGAUGACAACAGAGGAACCUUGAGGGUUCAGGGAAGGGCCUUCCCUGCCACCAGAGAGCUCAAGAUGGAUUAUCAGGAGGGCUUCCCAGGAACAAAGAUUUCCUGCUGGUCAGUGAAGCUAUAGUGCUGCUGGGCGCAGCUGUGCCCCUCCACGUGUGUUCAGAGAGCUGCCACGGGGCGGCUACAGGGCCACCUGUGGGGCCUAGAACAUCCCAGGGAGUGGGAUUCCUCCUUCCAUGUGCCAAAACUCCAAGCCUUGAGAUCCCAUCCUGAACACUGAGUCUUGUGAAACAAUGCUCUUUCCACUACUGGCUCCCAAGGUCCUGGAGCCAGGGAGGCCCAUGGAGAGCCUUCAGCCCCGUCUUUCCCUCUGCCAAUUAGGAAGGUAAUACUACGCCAACCAUUCAGACCGUCAGUGCAGCCCCCCAGUGAGGGGACCUGGAUUAAAGAAUGUUCUCUAGAAACAGGGGUUCUUGCAUACCCCACAGUCAACUAGACCAUGCAAACAAAUUCUGACUAAUAAAGUGUGAAAUGGA